AUGUCGGGCAUCAGGCGGGUUCCGUCUCAUCGUAAUUCCGUCGCCACCUCACCGCUGCGCUGUUCUUUUCUUCAAUCGUCAAUUCCUCUACGACCUCAGCCGAAUAAUUCCACGACGUCGCGACGCUUUGUCGUAUCGGCAGCGGGAAAGCAGACGUUCUCUUCGUUCGAUGACAUGAUUCAAACGGCGGACGUGGUUCUUGUUGACUUCUAUGCCACAUGGUGUGGCCCCUGCCAAAUUGUGGCGAAGACUUUGGAACAAGUGUCUGCUCAAGUUGGCGAUUCCGUCAAAAUCGUGAAGAUUGACACGGAGAAGUACCCUAAGCUGGCAUCGCGGUAUGGAAUCCAGGGCCUGCCUACUUUGAUACUUUUCCGGAAAGGACAAGUUAUUGAUCGUGUGGAGGGAGCAUUGUCGGCACAAGACCUUAUUAUGAGGAUGAACUACAUGUUGUCCACAUCAAAGUAG